GCCGAGGUAGAAUUAUAUACCGGAGCAGACAGUCUGAAAAGGUGCAUCGGUUCAGGCUGCAGCUGCUAAUCUUCCUGAGCGCUUGAGCACAGUUUGGGGAUUCUGUUCAAAGUAUAUCUUGGUUUUUUUUUUACAUGUACAGAAAUACAUAUUUCUGCUUGUUUUUUCUUUGGCUUCUCUUUAAACUGCUGCCUCAGCCUUGCUCUAUACAUUUUUAUCUUCAAUUUGUGUGUUAACGUGCUGGUGAGGUACUCCGGCAGUGAGAAGCCAGGUGCUCUUACAUGUCACCACCUGACAACUGGAAGUUGGGACCACAUAUCUGCUUUUUGAAAAGGCUCAACGUUGUAGGAAGUUCUUCUGGUAUGCAAUCAAGGUCCCUCCUAGAGGAAAAUGUCAAGUAAGUCAGUGACCAGUAAUGUGACCAAUAAAAAUGACCCCAAGUCCAUCAACUCCAGAGUCUUCAUUGGUAACCUAAACACAGCCAUUGUGAAGAAGGCAGAUGUGGAGGCCAUCUUUGGGAAGUACGGCAAGAUAGUGGGGUGCUCUGUGCACAAAGGAUAUGCGUUUGUGCAGUACGUAUUUGAACGGAAUGCCCGGGCUGCAGUGGCUGGAGAACACAACAGGAUAGUGGCUGGGCAACCACUGGACUGCUUCCCGCCACGCAUCCGCCUCCAGCCCGGAGGGCGAGACGCUCUGGACUGGCGCCACCUCUACCGUCUUCACUCCGCGAUCAGCUGGCGGGAUCUGAGACUUGAGCAGGAUAUAAACAUGGCUGGGGAACCCAAACCAUACAGACCCAAAGCUGGACAGAAGAGACCUGUCAGUGCUUUGUAUGGAAGUGGCUAUGACUUUGACUAUGACUAUUACAGAGAUGGAUUCUAUGACAGGAUGUACGACUACCACAGGGUCCCCCAGCCAAGCCGGGCAGUACCAGCUGUCAAGCGCCAGCGGGUCAUGGUCUCCGUUCCCCGGAGAAGCAAGGGCAGCUUCCCCGUCAAGAGUGGACCAAGGUCAAGUUCCGGCCCGACCCCAUCAGCUGGGACAAAAUUGAAAGCUGAUGACCUGCAGACAAUAAAGAAAGAGCUCACCCAGAUAAAGUAUCGCAUCGACAGUUUGCUGGACAGUCUGGACAGGAUGGAGAAGCAACGCAAAGCUUUACCGGAGACGAAGGCGGAGAGCGUGAUCGCGAAAGACUGUAUCCCUGGCGACGGUGUGGUGGAUAACCCUGACGAUACAACGGCUGACGAGCAGACAGAAGGUGACACCAUGGAUGGGGCAGAGCUGGAAGGAGAUGAAAUCCUGGAGGAAGGUGAUGGAGUGGAGGACGACUUUGAUGAGGAAGGCACGGAUGAGCUGAUGAACAAUCACACUUCGGAUACAUCAGACACACAAUAGAAACAGGCCUUGCAAGCAGCAGGGUUCAGUGAAUAACAGCCAACAGGGAAACCAGACGACAAGAUAAGAAGCAAAGAGGCAGCUGCAACGUCCAUCACCUCCACUCAACAAGGCACAGCCCAGAAUCUUCUGGACCGUAUGGAAGUGGUCUCACCAUUGGCUCCGGUGCGCGCACUGCCUUUUCCUGAAAACCCCACUGCUUCCUUUCUCCGAUUCCGAUUGUGCUCGGGAGGACCGACGUCCCGUUUGUAUAAUAGCUGUACAUUUUUCCUCCCUCCUCCCCUCCCCGGAUCCCAGUGGGGUUUUUAUUUUCAAUGACAACCAUUCUCGGUUUGUAGGGGACCGGGGAUGUUUUCUGAAAAUAGAUGUGAAGAGGGAAUGUUACACUUUACGAAAAGAAAAAUCUUCAUAACCGUCUUGUGUCUUGUUUGAGCACCUCCUCCUCUCUCCCCCCCCCCGUCUGUGUGUAUGUGCAGAGUUGGUGCAUGAGAUAACCAAGGUAAAGAAGGUGAGAGCUCCUUAUUCCAGGGACCUGAGGCCUUUAUUCCAGGCUGAGCCUCCCUGUGCAAUACCGAGAGAAUGGAGCAAAGCCAACCGUUCUGCUUUUCGGAUGAGACUCUGAGCCGAGACCCCAGCUGCCCUCCUCAGGUAGACAUUAAAGAUCCCACGGCACCUCUACGAAGAAGAGCAGGUGGGGGCAUGGUGGAGUUUUAUUCCUUGAUACCCAUCAUUAAAACAGAUUACCUGAUCAUUCACCUGUUUGCUGAUUGUGAGAUCUUGCUGUCUGCCAGUCGUUUGAUGCUUUUCUUUUUCUCCAUCGUUUCUGCACUUUGAAGGGUAUGCAAUUGGCUGUGAAGCGCUUUGACAUAUCUAGAGGCUUCCAAAACAAGCUACGCAAAUGCACUUUGUUUUAGUGUAGGUUCAGAUGCUUCUGGCAUCUUGUUGGCUGCCCAGCGUGUUGCUGCGCAUCUUGCCUGGCAAAUCGGCGUUCAUCGGGUUUUAUCGGGUAGUUCCUCAGAAGGCUGUGCAUUUGUUUCCUGAUGCCUUUGCUGGCACACUUACUGAUAAGGGGAUCCUAGGGGUUCUGAAGCUCUAUCCACCACUGUUAGCAGGGUGGGAUAUAAAGUUAAUACGUUGAUUAGCCGUCUGUGUCCCUUGGCUUGGGGACGGGUGGAGGGUGCUAAUCUCAGGCCUCAGGCUAAUCACCAAGCAGUGUUGGAAGAGAAGAAAUGUCAAAGCAAGUGGAAAGGGGCCUCCAACAUCGAAAGGAGGAUAAAGGAAUGCAGCACCAGAAGGGCACUAAUGGACCCCUCAAGCCGAUUCCAUGAUUUCACUGCACCCACUAGUCUAAAUCUUAAAUCCACUUACCACCUUGGUUCCAGACUCCUUAAUGUCGUUACCUCUCACAAAUCUAUCCAUCUCAGAUUUGAAAUUGCCCCACCUGAACCCCACCAAUGUUAUUUUUACCGGGACAGCGUUCCAGAUGGCUAUUCUUUAUGUAAAUAUAUAACUUCAACUUUACUUAUAAGUGGCCCAGCUUUGAUAUUUGGUCAUCUCUAUGCUGCCCCCCCCCCCCCCCACCAUCCCUACCCAUAACCAUGACUGAUUCGCUAAUCAGAAAUACUAGUUUCUAUCUAACCUAUCACAGUUAGAUCUCCCCUUAAUUUCCUAUACCCAAUAUAUAGUGUAUCCUGUUCCACUCAUACCAUUCUGGUGAAUCUGUGGUAGAGCCUUUGUCUUUGUUAUCUGAAUGCAGUACUCCAGAUGGGGGCUAAUGAUUAUAGAAUCCCUACAGUGAGGAAACAGACCCUUCAGCCCAACA